CAGCCCUCUGGCAGAACCAGGAAGUCCCUCCCCUUCACAAACUCUCUUAUGUGGAAAGAAACUGAUCUGAUUCUCUCUGUCGUCUGUCUGUGUGAGAGUGAACAACCGUCCAAAUGGCUCAACAGGGAGUUCUGAUGGACCAGGACCAGUUCUGCUGUUCUGUCUGUCUGGAUCUACUGAAAGAGCCGGUGAUUAUUCCCUGUGGAGACAGUUACUGUAGGAGCUGUAUUGAGGGCUGCUGGGAUCAGGAUGUUCUGAAAGGGGUCUUUAGCUGUCCUCAGUGCAGAGAGACCUUCACUCCAAGGCCUAAUCUGAGGAAAAAUAACAUGUUGGCUGAGGUGGUGGAGAAACUGAGGAAGACAGGACUCCAGGCUGCUCCCCCUCCUGCUCUGUGCUAUGCUGGACCUGGAGAUGUGGCGUGUGAUGUCUGCACUGGGACCAGAAAGCAGAAAGCACUCAUGUCCUGUCUGGCAUGUCUGGCCUCUUACUGUGAGACUCACCUCCAACCUCACUAUGAAUCUCCUGCUUUGAAGAAGCACAAGCUGGUCAAAGCCACDGCACAACUACAGGAGAAGAUCUGCUCUCAUCAUGACAAACUGCUGGAGGUUUACUGUCGUACCGAUCAGCAGUGUAUCUGUUAUCUGUGUUCAAUGGAUGAACAUAAAGGCCAUGAUACAGUGUCAGCUGCAGCAGAGAGGACUGAGAAACAGGUAAGACCAGAACAACUUGUUGGUGACUGUCUGAUAAACAAAUAAUUAAAGAUACUGUAGGAACUAAAUCUGUUUGAAUAUGAGAGAAUUCAAAUGAAAUGGAUCCACAAAUAUGAACACAAACCUUGAGUAUAUAGAUAUGUUAACCCAGAUUCUCCAAAUGUAUCACCAUUUUCUAAACUCAAACACUAUUAUCAUUCUGAAUGGCCUUUUAUGAGU